CCCACCCCACCUCUUCAGCGCGAUCUAUCUCAAUGUACAGUUCUCAGAGAAAAAAGGGGAUACAAAUAAUUCAGAGUAACACCGCAAAGAAACGAUUGUCACCUCCCCGACCGGUCCACCGGAGCAGACGCGGCCUCUCGGCGGUACAAACUAAAUGCAUGUCUCGCCGUUGGACUACUGAUUGAAAACACCGCGGUAUGUUCACGUACCAUGCACAUGUAACCGUAAUCUACCACACGGAUUCACAGGGAAUACAACAAGCAGAGAGACUUGACAGCGGGCUGUACCUGCGCCAAACGGGGACAUAACGGAGGAUUGUACACCAGUAUCGCCUGGAUACCGCGUUGUGUUCAAGGACAUCUUAAAAAGCCCCCAAAAACUGCCGUUGCUCGCGCGGACAAGCUUUGCCGAUGUGAGGAGAAAUACACAUUAACGUGACUGAGCAAAAGGACGGAGAAGCGGCCUUUUUCUUUGGGUUCUGGUCAAACCCCCCGGGAAAAAAGCAAGAACCAUCAUCUGUUGAACGGGAGAGGACAUAAUUUGGACAUCGGCUAUAAACAGGAUAUUAUUAAUAAGGUUGCUAAUAUCAACGACUUCAACUCUCUCUCUCUCCCCCCCCAAACACACACGGUGUAUAAUGUGACGGGUUUGAAAGACGGUGGUGAUCGAGAGAGAAGCCCCGGUGGAAGCCUGACAUGCCAUCAUUUUAAGAGGAAAUAUUUGUUCUAAUUUUUCAUUUUUUGGUUUUGUGUCACACGCGCCCUGUGAUGUGUUUUGGCUAGUUGGAUCGCGAACACCACCUACAAAUAAUAACCUGACAUUUGUAUUUAAAGAGGGGAGGGAGGGGGGGAGGUCGAGAGAAAUAAGGGUUGUAAGUGGAAACGAAUUGAAUGGCAGCGUGAGAUAUCUGCCGAAGAUGGGCUCCGGAGGAGACAUUUGUUAAGGAAAUUAAACAACGUGAAAAAAAGCUUUACAUAUGUUACAAACGCAGCGUUUAAAGUGAAAAUACAUUGAAAGAAACGGAGACACCGGCGUUCUCUCAUGUAUAUUGCUAGGCUGGAAAUGUCACGUCCACUCCCUCAUAUCAAUGUUGAUGACUUCAUUGCAGAUUUACAGUGAAAAACACAAGAAUCAAAGUCUGAGAGGGAGGCAUCGUUGCUCUGCUUCUUUUUCCCCCUUUUUUUUCGUUGAGUGAUCUCUUUUUGAUAAAUUGGCAGAAAUAGCCAUAUCCAUCCAUAUUGUGCCAAAGCCUGGUGGAGGCUACUACCCACCGUCUUACGACCUAGCAGGUUUUCAUCUGGCAACAUAAAUGUCCCCCAUUUUGAGCCAGGUUUUCCUCUGCUGAGCCAGUCGAGGAAUUUAGGAUUGAUUGACUUUUCUUCUGAUCAACACCCUCCCUCCCUUCCUCCCUACACACCUACCUACCUACCUACCUACCUACCCACCCUGCCUCCCCCUGAACCUAUCACUGGGUUUUUGGGAAGAUGGGCUGUCUUGGCAAUAGUAAGACCGAAGACCAACGAAAUGAGGAAAAGACACAGAGGGAAGCCAACAAAAAGAUAGAGAAGCAGCUCCAAAAGGACAAACAGGUGUACCGGGCGACUCACCGGCUACUACUACUAGGCGCCGGGGAAUCAGGAAAAAGCACGAUAGUCAAACAGAUGCGAAUACUGCACGUUAAUGGCUUCAACGCAGAGGAGAAACAACAGAAGAUUCACGAUAUCAAAAACAACAUUAAAGAAGCUAUAGAGACGAUUGUGGCUGCCAUGACGACGCUCACACCGCAAUGCCAGAUAGCCUGUCCUGCAAACCAAUGCCGCAUCGAUUACGUCCUCAAUCAAAUGAUCCAGAAGGAUUUUGAAUUUCCUUCGGAGUUUUAUGACCAUGGAAAGAAACUCUGGCAGGACGAGGGUGUGCGGGCUUGCUGGGAAAGAUCCAACGAAUAUCAACUCAUCGACUGCGCACAGUACUUCUUAGACAGGAUCGACGUGGUCAGGCAGAAUGACUACACGCCCACGGAUCAGGACCUGUUGAGGUGCAGAGUUCUGACAUCUGGGAUCUUUGAGACACGAUUUCAAAUAGACAAAGUCAAUUUCCACAUGUUCGAUGUCGGCGGUCAGAGGGAUGAACGUCGAAAAUGGAUCCAGUGUUUUAACGAUGUGACAGCCAUCAUCUUCGUGGUGGCGAGUAGCAGCUACAACAUGGUGAUCCGAGAAGACAAUCAGACCAACCGACUACAGGAAGCCCUCAACCUGUUCAAGAACAUUUGGAACAACCGGUGGCUACGGACCAUUUCCGUAAUCCUCUUCCUGAACAAACAGGAUCUGCUUGCUGAGAAGGUGUUGGCAGAGAAAUCUAAAAUUGAGGACUAUUUCCCGGAUUUUGCACGCUACACUACACCUGAUGAUGCGAUACCAGAGCCGGGGGAAGAUCCCCGAGUCACAAGGGCAAAGUACUUCAUUCGGGAUGAGUUUCUGAGGAUCAGUACAGCCAGCGGGGACGGGCGGCAUUACUGUUACCCCCACUUCACCUGCGCGGUUGACACUGAAAACAUCCGCCGCGUCUUCCACGACUGUCGCGACAUCAUACAGAGGAUGCACCUACGGCAGUACGAGCUCUUGUGAUGGGCGGCGGCGUCCGGUCUUACUUAUCUACCCACCUACUUACCAGCCCCCCUCUCUCCUCCCCUGCCCACGAGACCAGUUAGCCAAUCACCCCCUCCACUUCACCAAACGGCCGAGGCCCUCCAUCCUGAUACAACUCUACUUCUCCCGGUUCAGAAAAUCAUAACAGUGGAAAGACUUGUUUUUCUUUUCUUUUAAAGGAAACAGUUAAGGAUACACCAACGUGUUCGUCAAGCAUCAGCCAGGACUGACUGCUAUACUCGGCUGCAUUUUGAGCCAGGAAAGAGGGUCAAGACUGGAAUCCCUCAGUGCAGACUAUCUCUCCUUUCAGCUCUCUGUCUCUCUCUCAGAUAUAUGAACACACACAUGCACACUUGCAGGUACACACAAAAUGCAGCGAUUCAGAUCGCUUAGAUCAGUUUUAAUGUCUCAUAUCACACACACACACACACACUUUUUAAAACUAAGUCCUCCAGCUUUCAACAGUUGUUCGAGGCUGAAUUAAAUGUGUUCUGAGAGAGAGAAGUUUAUUCGCUGUGUGCUGAAGACUGUCGUCUUAGAAGCGGGAGGAGAAAACGCAAACAAUGGACACGCAAGGUGGCAAACUGAUAGCGAGGAGGGCUGUGAGUCUUUUUGUUGCCCCGAACAGACGGACUCAUGGACUAAUGGCUGCCGGUGGACGUACUAGUGACUCGAUUAUGACCUGCUCUUCAAGAAACCAAUGGAGGGACAGCAACAAAAUAUAUAGAAAAGUUUAAAAAAGAAAUACCAUAAAAUGCAUGAAUUCAUGCAUACCAGUGAACUUCAUGCAGUGCAAAAAAACCAAGUUAUUUAUAAAUAUAUGUAUAUAUAUAUAUGUGUGUGUAUGUAUAUAUUUAUAUAUAUUUGUAUAUAUAUAUAUUCAUAUGUAUAUAUAUAUAUAUUUAUGUGUGUGUAUAUAUAUAUGUGUAUAUAUACAUAUACAUAUAUUUCUAUAUUCCUGUAUUAACACAAAUCAACUUUAAAGUUUUUGUUUGUUUUUACCCCAUGUUGGUGUACACUGUGUUUGAUCUGCCUUUGUGCACCAUUUAAACUCCCUACACACACACACAUAUAUACAUACAUACAUAAAUAAAUACAUAUACAUUCUUGCCGCCCCUGUCCCUGCUGCUAUUUGACAACUACUCAACAUAUGGAAAAUAAGAUUUUAUUUAAUGUGGAAAACACAACACAAAAAGGAAAGCAUGGGGAAAAACUGACUUAUCACAACUGGAUGCAACAUUUUUACCUGGAACACACACACACAGACACAGACACACACACACACACACGCUCAUGCUCCAGCCCUCCUCAGACCUUUCCACACGACGUCCUCCCCCUCACCUUUUGUCUAAUUCUCCCACCUCUCCCAGUCCCACUUCCUGUCCUCCUCCCGGCUUUAAAUAUGUCUGUCUUUAUUUUACUGCUUGACUAUUAUUCUUGUACAGACUCUAAAAUGUAUUAUUUUGUACUACUUUAUUGAAGAAAAAAAAAUAACUUGUAGAAGAUCCCUGUGCCUUGAUCACGACUGUAUGUGUAAAAAAAAAAGAGCUAAUAUGUAAGUUAUGUUUCACUGCGCUGUGCGGCUGGACGGGUCUGUCCCACCUCGUUCCACCUCGUCCGUGCUGGCUCACCCCUCCGCCGGAGGCGUGGGGGAGGGGUAUCGGGUCGGGCGGAGGCCUUUCGUCUGUGGCUUUAAGUACGUCUGUCUGCUUAGUUUCCCCCCCACAUUUGUUUGUUCCUUAAAUCAUUUGUUUUGCUUCGACUCUGGUUUAUAUAACAGGAUUUGGAGAACAGGAAUUGUGAAAAAAAGAUAAUCAGACAGUAAAAGAGACUGAACCAUAACACGAUUUAAUAUAUAUAAAAUAUGUUUCAGAUGUAUAUAUAUAUGUGUAUGUGUGUAUAUAUAUAUAUAUGUGUGUAUAUAUAUAUGUAUAUGUAUAUAUAUGUAUGUAUAUUUAUGAAUGUGUGUAUAUAUAUAUAUAUAUACAUAUAUAUACAUACUGUACACUUGUAUCUCCCUUGUUAGCUUUCCCCCAGGUUUCCUUUUGCUUUCUGUCAGUAACAUCUGCAUACAUUUUCAGAAGGUGGUGUUUCUGGGUGCAAUGGGAUGGGUAUUCAUUUUUUAUUUGAGCUUUAACUCUUUUGAAGAAGAGGGAAAUCCAGUUGCAAGACAUUGCUUGUUUCUACAUAAACCAAAUUCGUUUUGCUUAAAGAAGAAGAAACGGUU